GAGAGGCAUGGCGGCGGGGACAGCCUGCUCGGGACCGACGUGAAGAGGAGCAUCACCUAAAGCAGAGGCGAUGAGGAGGAACCUGAAGGCAGCAGCCCGUUUCUAAGCAACAGCAGCACAGCGUGUGGUACCGCACACACCAUGGGCUACAAGAUCCCCGGGGCGGCGAUGGACAGGGUCAGCCUGCUGUGGCGCCUGAGGCGUCGGGCUCGCCGUGGCGUCCUCUGCAUGUCCUUCUUCUGCAUCUCAAUGGCUCUGCUUUACGCCAUCUGUGCCGAAAACAGCGUGCCCGUCACCGACGCCAUCUUCGGGGUCCGGGCGCGAACCCGGGCUCAGCCUCGUACACACUCCGUCAUCAAGGUGCUGCGAGGCGGAGCCAAGCCCAUGUACAUCGACCCCCAGAAGCUCCCGGGGGUCGUCCCAGGUGACCCUCACCGUCCGAUCCCCGUCCUCUCCUCUCCAAACCAAACCCACGAAGCCGUGGACUCCACGCCAAAGCGGAAGCCGAAAGAGCGGGAGCACCCCGGGUUUUUCGCCCGGCUGCUGCCACGCCCCUUCACACGUGCGCUGGAGACCCUGUUCGGUGGUCGCAGGAGGGGAGAGAUGAGUGGCAGAGUAGGGGAGGCGGAGUUCUUCGGGCCUCACGGGCUUUUGGGAGAGGUGUGGGAUGACGAGAUGUCCAGUAGCAUGCUGGGAAGCAGACUGAGGAAGGUGGUGCAGAACUAUCAGGCGAUGAAUAAGUACGGCGUGGAGUUCUCCGGUCCUGGCGGUGUGUCCAGCAGGCCCAAGCUGAGCGGUCCCAAGCUUCUCUGCGAGCUGAAGGACAAGACAGAGGUCAUGACUUUGACCCCUGACCUCCAGCCCUUCUCGGCGCUGCCCUGGGCCGCCCAGCUGCCAGAGAAGCCGCUGACCUCUGACCUCGGGCCGUACCGGAGCUGCGCCGUGGUGUCGUCUGCAGGGUCGCUCCGCUACUCCGGACUUGGCAAAGAGAUAGACUCUCACGACGCAGUGCUGCGCUUCAACGCCGCGCCGACCACCGGCUACGAGAAGGAUGUCGGUUCUAAAACCACGAUCCGCCUCAUCAACUCACAGGUGAUGGCGUCUGAUGACCAUCGUUUCCUGUCCAGCUCUCUGUACAGCUCAGGUGCUCUGGUGGCCUGGGACCCCGCCCCCUUCUCCGCUGACCUCACUCAGUGGUACAACAGGACAGACUACCCCAUCUUCACCCAGUACCAGAGAUACAGGAGGCUCCAUCCCAUGCAGCCCUUCUACAUCCUGCACCCUCGCUUUGAGUGGCAGGUCUGGCAACGAAUACAGGACAACAUGGCUGAGCCCAUCCAGAAGAACCCGCCCUCCUCCGGCCUGCUAGGAACCGUCCUGAUGAUGUCGCUGUGCGAGGUGGUGCACGUCUACGAGUUCCUGCCGUCCCGCAGGAAGACGGAGCUCUGCCAUUACUACCAGCGGUUCUACGACGCCGCCUGCACGCUCGGCGCCUACCACCCUCUGCUGUACGAGAAGAACCUGGUCAAACGGAUGAACCAGGGGUCCGACCGCGACAUCUACAACCACGGGCGCGUCACGCUGCCUGGGUUCGGAAAGCUGAACUGCACCCAGGCUGCUGGAGGUUUAAUCAACCACUGACUGGGACA